UAGUGACGGACCAAUAUGGCGGCGCGCCUUAACAGUCGCUAGUGUACAAUUUUCGAUCAAAUGACGUCCGAGCGAUUGCCGAUCAUGGUACAUAUUUAUGGUAACCAUUAGAAUUUGCGUCAGUGAUUAAACAUUAGCACAUCUACAAGUAACGCGCUUGUAUUAACUUCGUGUCGUUACAACGGACACUUGAGCAAUGUGGGGUGAAAUUACCGAACCUCGCGUUAAAAUACGACCCAGGACGUCUGAUAAGACCGUUAGGGACGACCAGUGCACAGUACCCGAGGACCUGGUGAUCCUGCCUCCUGUUGCCUACAUUGACCAUCAAAAACCACCACAGGAUACCCAGGAGUUCCAAGAUGUCCCCGCUGAAGUCCACACCAUGUUGGAGGCUGUCGUCGCCAGUGGAAGCCAAGUGAAGAGCCAGCAAAUAGGAGAUGAUGAACUGACAACGGAGGAGCGAAGAACGGAGCUACUACAUCAGUACAGGAGCAAAGCGCUGGUCUUCCUGGAGCGCUACCAUAGAAGCUUGAAGCCCGAGCAUUUGGCAGCUUUUUCCCACGUCAGCACCGACCCACGGGCUCAACAUUACAGUGAAGUGAUUCAGAAGCAAGCAGCAGGAAGAGCCCGCAAGACACAAGUUCGAAACCAGCGCUACGCCGCACUCAGGGCCCUGCAGAAAGAGGGUCAGUACUUCAGUGAAGAACAAAUGCGAACGAGGGAGCCGCUGCUGUAUGAGCAAUACAUUGGACAGUACCUAACUGACGAUGAGGUGAUAGAGCGCUCCCAAGAGGCCAUGUUGGGUGGUGCACAGCAAAGACCGGCCACAUCAGGGGGAGCCGCCACAGGAGGGCUGUCAGACCUCCUCCUCAACUCCUACCAGGAGCGGCUCAUCCAGUGUCGUCUGCAGGAAGAGCAGGAUAGAGAGGAGGGUGCACGGGAGGAGGACGAGGAGCUGGAGGAGGAAGAGGAGGAGGAUGAAGAAGACCGAGUCCAAGAAAAGACCUCUGAGGAGAAAGCGCUUCUUCGGGAGGAGUUCAUCAGUCAGAUGCACCAACGCUUCCUUGAUGGCAAAGACACAGACUUCAACUACAGCGAAGUGGACGAGAACCCUGAUUAUGACAACCUUGACAUUGUCAACAGAGAUGCAGAGGAAAAGUAUUUUGAUGAAGAUGAUGAGGAAGAAGAUGAGGAAGUUAUGACAGAAUAGCCAGCACAGGGCCAUGAAAUCUUCACUGCUCUAUUCUUGUUAUGUUGCAACACAAUUGCUUUUACUUUUUUGUAAUAAAUCGUUUUUGGAAUACAUGAA